AUGUUUAUCGUGUGCGGCUACGGGCCAUCUUCCCCAAGCUCACAAGAGAAGAUAUCGGACGAUCACUCUUGUCUACUCAAAGGUUUCUUCGAGGCUGAUGCCGGGCUUCCUUCCCGAUUUCCUCAGGCCUUACGGUUCAAGAUCCCAGAUUUGGAUGACACCCAGUGUUUCAACAUCUUUGCGAGGGCCCUUUCCAAGGCUCGCCUUCACCUGGAUGACCCGAAAGCCGUUCGGGAAAUAUUCAAGGAGAAGAAAACUAAUUCUGAUAUGUUCAAUGCAAAUGGCCGCAGUGUCGAAAACCUGCUGGGUGUCGCUGUUCAAGCGUACAACCUGCGCAUUGGGGUGAAGCAGAUGAGCGCGGAGGUCGCCAUCCCCGAUGACGACGCCGAUGAGGACCCAGAGGACUCUACAACGGAGCCGUCGACAGAAAAGAGAAGAAUGGAUCGGCUGACUACGAACGAUUUCAACAUUGCGAUCGGCAUGUUCAGCGGAGAGAACAGCUUCCGCCUCGAAGGAACCGACCAGACCGAUCUGAAACCAUUCGACGAGUUGCCGCCACUGCCGGCCGCGGUCCACGGCAACAGCGAUGUGGCCGGCGCCGCCCGCUGCCCGGCUCCGAGGCUCACCCCGCUCCCAGGCCUUGUGGCUGUGCUCGUUGCGCUCGUCCUGACGUACAUUGGAAGGGUUCUGGUCACGACGCACAGUCACACAGGGGUCCUGAUUUGUCCGGCGCGACUGCUAGAGGUAGCGGUGGCAGCGCAGCAGGGGAGAGCAUCAGCGGUGGCAGCGCAGGGCUGCGGGAGGCACUCCAGACGACGAUGCUACUCAAUGCUGGGCUCUUGA